GCGGUGACGCAGCCCCGGAGGCGGCCGGUGGCGGCGGGAGGUGCCGAGACCGCCCCGAGCGGCCGGGCCGGGGAUGGUGUCCGCUACCCCCCCCUCCCCUCCCCGCCAUGGAGCUGGAGAACAUCGUGGCCAACACCGUCCUGCUGAAGGCCCGCGAAGGAGGUGGUGGCAAGAGGAAAGGCAGGAGCAAGAAGUGGAGGGAGAUUCUGCGGUUCCCACACAUCAGCCAGUGCGAGGAGCUGCGCAGGGGCCUGGAGCAGGACUACGGCAGCCUGUGCCAGAGGCAGCCCAUCGGCCGCCUGCUCUUCCGGCAGUUCUGCGAGACGCGGCCGGAGCUGCUGCGCUGCAUCCGCUUCCUGGACGCCGUGACUACGAGCUGGCCCCCGAUGAGAAGCGGAAGGAGAUGGGGGAGGAGAUCAUCCAUCGGUUCCUCAAGCAGGAGUCCCCCGAAUUCCUGCCUGAGGUCGGCCAGCCCCACGCCAGCCGCUGCCUGCAGGACCUGCAGAAGAGCCCCUGCAAGGACCUCUUCAGCAGCUGCCUGUGCUCGCUGCACCAGUACCUGAGCGGGGCCCCCUUUGCCGCCUACCGGGACAGCAUGUACUUCGACCGCUUCCUCCAGUGGAAGUACCUGGAGAGGCAGUCGGUCACCAAGGACACCUUCCGGCAGUACCGGAUCCUGGGCAAGGGCGGAUUCGGAGAGGUGUGUGCCUGCCAGGUGAGGGCCACGGGGAAGAUGUACGCCUGCAAGAAGCUGGAGAAGAAGCGGAUCAAGAAGCGGAAGGGGGAGGCGAUGGCGCUGAACGAGAAGCAGAUCCUGGAGAAGGUCAACAGCCGCUUCGUGGUGAGCCUGGCAUACGCCUACGAGACGAAGGACGCUCUCUGCCUGGUGCUGACCAUCAUGAACGGCGGAGACCUCAAGUUCCACAUCUACAACAUGGGCAACCCUGGCUUCGAGGACGAGCGUGUGGUCUUCUACGCAGCAGAGAUCUGCUGCGGGCUCCAGCACCUGCACCAGGAGGGCAUUGUCUACCGGGACUUGAAGCCAGAGAACAUUCUGCUGGAUGAUGAUGGCCACAUCAGGAUCUCUGACCUGGGGCUGGCUAUCAAGAUCCCUGAGGGUGAGACCAUCCGUGGCCGCGUGGGCACCGUCGGCUACAUGGCCCCGGAGGUCAUCAACAACGAGCGCUACACCUUCAGCCCCGACUGGUGGGGCCUGGGCUGCCUGGUGUACGAGAUGAUCGAGGGGCAGUCGCCCUUCCGUGCCCGCAAGGAGCGGGUGAAGCGCGAGGAGGUGGAGAAGAGGGUGCAGGAGGAGCAGGAGGCCUACUCGGACAAGUUCAGCGAGGAUGCUCGUGCCCUCUGCAGGCUGCUGCUGGCCAAGGACCCCAAGCAGCGGCUGGGCUGCGGGGCCGGGGGGGCGGCCGAGGUGAAGAGCCACCCAUUCUUCAGCACCAUCAACUUCAAACGCCUGGAGGCUGGCAUCAUGACGCCCUCCUUCGUGCCAGAUCCCCGGGCAGUGUACUGCAAGGACGUGCUGGACAUUGAGCAGUUCUCCACCGUGAAGGGAGUCAACCUGGACCAAACCGACACCGAUUUCUAUGCCAAGUUUGCCACUGGCAGCGUCUCCAUCCCCUGGCAGAACGAGAUGAUCGAGACUGAGUGCUUCAAGGACCUCAACGUGUUCGGACCCGGCGGGACUCGCUCCCCUGACCUGGACUGGAGGCAGCUGCCUGAGCCCCCCAAGCGCAGCCUCCUGCAGAGGCUCUUCCGACGUCAUCCAACCGACUACACCAUCACCACCGCCACCCACCCCCCGGCCCCGGCCGCCGUCAACUCGCACCCUCCCGCGGCCAAGUCCAGCUGCCCAACCCCUGCCACAGCACCGGCACCGUCCUGACCCCUGCUCUCAUCAUGCUUGGGGCAGCCCCCAGCCCCCUGUGGCCUCUCAGGGUUAUCUGGGACCGAGGUUGGGGUCCCUGGGGACGCUGGCAGAGGCCAGGCAGGAUGCGGGCACGGAAGGAUGCAGCAUUCCAGCACGGACGUGGGCAGGGGUGAUGGAGGGGACCAGCGGGACCCAAACCUAGCAGCUCCCCAGUCCCUUUGCCCCCAUCCCCAGGGUCAAGCACUGGCACAGGCUGCCCAGGGAGGUGGUGGAGUCCCCACCCCUGGAGGUGUUCAAGCAACCUGUGGCCGUGGCACCUGGGGCAGGGCUCGGUGGCCACGGUGGGGCAGGGUCGAUGCCUCGAUGGUCUCGGAGGGCUUUUCCAAACAGAACAAUUCCAUCAGUCUGUCCCCGCGGCACAUCCAGCCAGGCCCUGGGGGCUCCCACUGCGGGACCACCACACCUGCCACACUCCUCCACCCCCCUCCAGCUGCUGCCAGGGCGAGGGGCCAGGGCAGGGACCUAUUUUUGCUGCUUUUGAGUCCCUUAUCUUAUCGCCAGCUCGGAGCCUGACCUCUGCGGGCAUGCAGGGGGGGCUGUGGAUUUAUCUGUGCUCUCCAAAUAGCAACAAAGGCAGCCUUGGAGUGGGGGGGACGACACUCUGGCUCCCCCCAGGCCGUGCUGCAGCAGGAAGGACGGGGUCACCCUGACAGAGCCCCCCCACCCUGCUGGGGCAAGCAGCUCCCCCCUCCUGGCCCAGCCAGCACAGCGUGGAGCAGGCUCAGAGCAGGGAACGUUCUGGAGGGUGCUGCACUGGGGCCGGGGGUGGGGGAGGAGGUGAGGAGGAGCUCCUUCAUCCCCAUGGGACCACUCAGGGUGGCACUGGGGCGCUCCAUCCUUGCCAUGGGGCUGGUGGGUGGCACAGCACCCAUGAGGUGGGUGUGGAUUGGGCGACACCACACAGGUGCAUGGUGGGGGCAUGCUGUGGGUGCCCAGGGCCCCCCACCUCGUGCCUCUGGCCCCUGGUGACUCUCUGCCCCCCACAGAUUGGGGUUCCACUUGCUCUGGUUCUGUACAUUUGUAAAGAGUUGUAAAUAUUUGUACUGAGCCCCUGGGUGGACAUUGUUAACCUCAGAGCUGCCAGCGGAGCUGCCUGCUGGCUGUGUGUGGGCACACAGGGGGCAUCUGGUGGGCACCAGGGAGGGCUCUCUUGGCUGUUUCACCUCCCCCAGUCUUUAUCUCCUGCCAUGGGAUGUGGAUGGGAGGGCACUGGAUGCCCAACCCGGGUAUGCCCUUGCUGCUGUGCAGGAUAUGGCUGUGUGCCCAGUGCUCUCAACAUGCCCAGUUUGGCAGGACCUGGCUUGGCUUCACCAACUGAGGGUCCAGGUGGGUCUGACCAGGUCCAAGCUGUGUCUGGGAGCCUCAUCCUGUCCUAGGCAGACAAGUGCUGGAGCAUGGAUGGACUCAGCCAGCUCUGCUCCCUCCUUCCCUGCUGGAGAGGAGCCCAAGGCUCAGUGGAUGCAGAUUGGGAGCCCUGAAGGGUGCCUGGAGGAGAUGCUGAGGUGACAUCAGGAGCUGGUGCCUGCAGUGCAGGUGGAUGAAGCUCAGCCCUGGGGAGAGCUGUGGCACGAACCCAGGAGCUGCCUGCAGUGCUCAGGAGCAUGGCU